CGUCAACAUCAUCUCGACCGGACGAUCACCUAUAAUCGCCAAUUGCGCCGCCGGUUCACGCCCAGACCGUGAAGUGACUGUUUGAGCUUCAUCCGGAGAAGACUCCCUCCCCGACUUCCUCGCAAACCCGACCCUCUCGCCGGGUUUUCUUCGCACGAUCCUACCCCCCUCCUCCGUCCGCGCAACACAUUCAUAAUGGUCCACAAGGUGCUCUUCUGGGGCGGCUUCGGCAUCGCCGUCCGUCUUUGGCAACUCGGUAUCGAGAUGCGUCCCAUCCUCGCCAAGGAAUCCCUCUGGGUGUACCCUCUGUUCGCCGGAGUCGGUGGCAGCUUCGGCUACUGGCUGCAGGGCGUCGAGACCCGUCAGCUCCGGAUCCUGGCCCAGCGCCGCGAAGCGAUCCUCGAGAAGCGCCGGAGAAGGGACAACCAGGUGCAAGAGGCUGGCUCUCUGGCUGCGACGGCAUGAAGGAAGGGCUGUACAUAUAGUGGUUGAUUUCUGUUACAGUUCUGUUUUGGUUUUUUUUUUUUUCUAUCGUGUUUUUUCCCGUUUCCCUGGUCAAGUCAGCCGGGGAAGGGUGAUGAGUUGUGUGGACUGCGGACGGGCGCGGACUCGGUUGACCUGCCCCUUCG